AUGGAGGUAGAAAAUAGUAAAAAGGGUAGAAUUCUGGUUGUGGAUGAUAUCAAUUGCAAUCUUACUACUAUUGCAUCACUCAAGUAUUCCCAAUUUGAAGUUAUGACAGUGAAUAGCAUAGAAGUUGCUUUGGGUGGCCUUAGAAGCAGUGGCCUCUCAUUUGAUCUUUUGCUCACUGAUAUCCACAUGCUUAAAAUGGAUGUCUUUCAAUUUCAACAAGAGAUAACUAAGGAAUUUGACAUUCCCAUUUGUUUUAUGUCAAAUGAUAAGAAAGACAGUACACUUAUCAAAGGACUAGACAAUAGAGCUGUUUUCUUCAUACUGAAGCCCAUAACACAAGAUGGUAUAAAUUAUUUAUGGAAUUAUGCAACCUCAUUGGGAAAGAAGAAGCAUAAAGGAAAACAUGUUGUACAAGUGUUUGAAGAAAACACUAAUGAGAAAAUCCUCAAUGAGGUAAUUGAUAUUGAAUCUUCGUCUUCCGUUAGUAAGAAGGACAAAUCUAUCAGAAAAUAUGACGAUGUUGAAAAUAAAGACUAUUCAUCUCAACGAGCCAAGAAGAGUAAAACCCUUUGGAGGGAUCCCCUUCACAACAAAUUCGUGGAAGUUGUUGAUAUUCUUGGUGUGAAAAAUGCUCGUCCCAAAAAAGUUCAUGAACUCAUGAAUAUGCCUGAGCUGACUAAGAAACAGAUUGCUAGCCACCUCCAGAAAUAUCGUUUGACCUUGGAUAAAAAACCUAAUCCAGAAUUGGUUUUGGAUUCGAGUAAAACCACAUCUGGUAAUGCUAAUCAAUUGUCAAUAACAACUGACAAUAUUUCAGCUUUAGCUCCACAAGGUAUGACAAAAAAUCUCAACAAUGCUGGCCCUGAUACUGAGCCUGAUCUUCGAAACUUCAUGUAUGAUUAUGAGAAAGAUAGAAAAUUUUCUAAUAUAUUAAGUCGACAUCUUAAUCAGAAGCCUUAUAAAUUGCAAGGAAAUCAUGAAGGUAUUAAUGCUGAUGGAAUAUCGUUACAACUUGGUAAUGUUCUUCCAAAUUCGAAUUUGGAGCAAGGAAAAUAUGCAAGUAUUACUGCAGAGGAAAGACCAUUGCAUUCCAGCACUGUUUCUCCAAAUUUGACACUUCAGCAAGAAAUCUAUGGAGGUGUUACUGCAGGGGAUGCAUUGUUCGAUCAUCUUAAUGUUCGCUCAAAUUCAGAAAAUGGGUCAGGAGAUUAUGAAAGUUUUACUGCAGAAGAUUGGUCAAUCCUCAAUAGUCUUUUCUUGGAUCAUGAACUCGAGCAAGCUAAUCAUGAAGGUCUUACUACAAAGGAAGGAUCACUCCAACUUCGUAAUGAUCCCCCGAACACAACACUUGAGUUAAAUAUGUGUUGA